UUUCCUCCCCUCUCUUUCAAUUCUCUUAAACCCUAAUCUUUUCACUUACAAAUCACCAUUUUUCACACCCUCUCAACUAAACAAAAAAUAAAAUAAAAUGGCAAAUAUCUUGUUACAAAAACUUAUAUUAACAAUAUUUGUCACACUAUCUAUAUUACCAACUAUUUCAUUUUCCAAACAAACACAAACUAUAUAUGAAAUCCUUAGAUCAAAUGGCUUACCAAUGGGCUUAUUACCCAAAGGUGUGACAAACUACACUAUCGAUGAUUCGGGCCUUUUCGAGGUCCAUUUAGAACAAGCUUGUAAUUCAAAAUUUGAAAAUGAGUUACAUUAUGAUAGAAAUGUGUCAGGGAGGUUGACUUUUGGUCAAAUUGAUGGUGUUUCUGGGAUUUCAGCACAAGAUUUGUUUAUGUGGUUUAAUGUUAAAGAAAUUCGGGUCGAUAUACCAAGUUCUGGGCUUAUUUAUUUUGAUGUUGGUGUUGUUCAUAAGCAGUUUUCUUUGGCAUCUUUUGAUACACCAAGAGAUUGUUUAGCUUCUGUUAUGGAUAAUGGUGAUCAGAUUAUUACUGAAAUGGUGCCCAAGAAGCUAUCAAGAAAACUGGGACACCAAAUGCGCCACUAUGAAGAACAUUCAACGGUGGUUUUAUGAAUUUGAAGUUGCGGGUACAUAAAAGAUGAUUUAAAAUGGCACGAUAUCUCAAUCAAGCUAUGGGUAUUUCCAUUUCUUGUAUGUAUAUGUUUUGUUUAGAAGAUCCGAAAAUCUUGUGGUGUUCUUGUUUUUAUGUAUAGUAUAGAGUCAGCAAAGGGUUUCAAAUCAUCAUUUUUGUAUGGAAUAAACAACGGAUUAAAGAACAUAAUGUAAAAGAUAUUGAAUGAAAAAACUCUACAUGUUGGAGCAAGCAGUCAAGUUUGCACCUCAGGUGAUCAUACGUGGUUACAUUCUGUGUAUCUCAUAACUAAGAACAUAAAGUCAUUUGUUUGGGGAUGAAUUCUGUUUUUCAAA